UUCAGCCUCAUCUCAAUCCUCAUCCAUUGUAUACAACAACUCGCCCUCUAUCUUACUCUCUCACUCACUCACUUCAUUAAUUCAAUCACUCAAUUAAUUACAUACAACACUCACAUACAACUGCGUCAUCCAUCUCACCCACAAUCCCAAACAAAUUCAACCACCGGCCCACGGAAAUUUUAAAACCCCCUUCGCACCUCAUUCUAUUACGCCCCCGCUCCCCAUCUCACUUCAACCCCCAACCCCUACCUCUCUCGUAAUCAAUCAUAUCGGCGAUAUUCAUAAUCAAUCACCAUCAACGCGCUCCACAGCCUGUUACAGAACGAACAUGUCCAGCUCCUCCCAGGCCACCCAGAAAAUCCCCCUCCACCACCGCCCAGACGACACCGGCUACCGCCUCAUCGAGCUUCCCCCCGAACUGGAAAGCCUUCUCGAAUCGGAAAAUGCUCCCGUCCUCACCCUAGAAUCCUCCGAAACAUCAGCCCUCCUCAAGACCCCCGACAGGACAUACUCCCUCCGCCAGAAAAACACAUCAAACUCCGUCAUCCUCCUCUCCCCCACAGCCGACCAAGGCAUGGCCGCCAUCUCCACCAUCCGCGAGACCGUCGAGCUGGAGCUGGCGCCCCAAACUCCCGUCGCCUCGGGUGGUCCGCUCAAGAACACGGGCAGCAGGGGCAAGUGGCAUGAAAUGUUUGGUAAAGGACGAUAGGUAAAUUCACUAAACCCACUAAAUGCAAUCGCCCAAUUUAUUCUUCAAACCUGAUUUCAAAUGAUCUAUACAAAAUGCAAUGGGUUUUGUAGUAUUAAGUGUGAUCAAAGGAAGCCGCUUAUACUCAACCAUCACUACAGCCUUCGAUAGUCUUUUUGUUGCGCAUUUCGUCGAGCC